GUCUUCGUGGCGUAGCUUGUUCAGCUGCUCGUCGAAGCGGCUGUCGGACGGUCGCCUCCCAGCGAGUCUGCGUACGAUGUAGCGGCCAUUUUUGUUCUUAGUUCAUAAUAACGUGCGCUUAUUUAUGUAUUUAAACGGAUAUUUAGGGAAUUUUCACGAUGACUAUUAUAGUCUUUCUAAUAGAUACUUCAGCUUCUAUGAACCAAAGAGCUUAUUUGGGCGGACGCCCAACAUUGCUCGAUGUAGCCAAGGGCGCUGUGGAAACGUUCGUAAAGGUUCGUCAGCGUGUUCCUGAAAGCAGAGGCGACAGGUAUAUGCUUCUAACUUUCGAAGAGCCUCCCGCGAACAUCAAGGCUGGUUGGAAAGAGAAUUUAGCAACAUUCAUCAAUGAGUUGAAGAACUUACAAUGCCUUGGUUUGACAACGAUGGGUGCUGCUCUAAAACAUGCAUUUGAUGUACUAAACAUAAACCGAAUGCAAACAGGCAUUGAUACAUAUGGUCAGGGUCGUUGCCCCUUCUACCUGGAGCCUUCGGUCAUAGUUGUUAUCACUGAUGGAGGAAAGCUUUCCAGUAAUGCUGGCAUUCAGGAAGAAUUCAAUUUGCCGAUGAACUGCCCGAUUCCUGGGUCUGAGUUGACUCGUGAACCCUUCCGAUGGGACCAAAGGUUGUUUUCUUUGGUGUUGCGGUUGGCUGGCACUCCAGCAGUGGAGCGGGACACCGGUCUUGUGCCCUCGGAUUCGUCGCCCAUCGACGCGAUGUGCGAAGUCACUGGCGGUCGUUCGUACUGCAUUACGUCGCAUCGUAUGUUGAUGCAAUGCAUCGACAGCUUAGUGCAGAAAGUGCAGAGCGGUGUGGUAAUAAACUUCGAGAAGAUCGGCCCGGACCCGCCGCCUAUCGACGGGGGUACCGCCCGCGAGGGCGGCGAGGGCGAGGACAUAAACCACGAACCAGACAAGGACAUUGAAGGGGAAGCCGAACGGAAUGGGCGAUGGAACGGCGGUUCGUACCAGAGCAGUAUGUCAGCGACGCAGGGCGCGAGCGCCCCGCAGGCGUGGCACUCAUGUCGGCGCCUCAUCUACGUGCCUCGCACUGUCGCGCAGAAGGGCUUUGCUGUCGGCUUCUGGCCCAUACCUGAGAGUUUUAGGCCUGACCCUAAUGCCCCUGCAUUGCCACCUCGCUCAGCCCACCCUGUGGUGAAGUUCACAUGCUCGAGCCAGGAGCCGAUGGUGAUCGACAAUCUGCCCUUCGACAAGUACGAGUUGGAGCCUAGCCCACUGACCCAGUUCAUCCUCGCUAGGAAACAGCCCACUAUUUGCUGGCAGGUGUUCGUAGCAAACAGCGGGUGCAAGAACUCUGAAGUGAGCCAUCCAUUCGGCUACCUGAAGGCUUCAACCAACCUGACAUGUGUGAACUUAUUCGUUUUACCGUACAACUACCCCGUUCUGCUGCCGUUGUUAGACGACCUGUUCAAAGUGCACCGAUGUAAGCCCACGCCUGAUUGGAAGCUCGCCUUCCAGCAAUACCUGGAUCGGAUGCCAUCAUACUAUGUUCAGCCUCUAAGACGGGCGCUCGCCAAGAUGGGUGCUUCGGCGCCGCUGGUCCAGAGCCUGAUCCCGGAUACACAGGACAACUCUCUGAGCUUCUCCGUGCUCAACUACCUGAAGAGACUGAAGAACCAAGCCAAGAUCGAGUUCGACAAGUUGUGUGCUGACGUCAUCAAUAAAGCUUCUAGCGCUAACAAUCAGAAGGUUGCGGAAAGCGUGCGAGUAAUGCCACGGUCACCUCUCAAGAAGGACCUGACAACGCAUCCGUCCCUCCAAGACAAGUUCUCACAACUGCGGGACCAGCUGAAUGAGUUCGGCGGGUUCGUCGUCGGAUUGUCACGCGGACGGCACAAGGCGCAAGCGCAUACUUACAGGAACCCUUUCGAUAUACAACGGAGAGAUCUGCUUGAUCAAGUGGUCAGAAUGCGCGCGAACUUCCUCCAACCAUCGCUAGCCCACACGCGCCUGGUAGACGAGGACAGCGUGCACUCUAUGCCGGUGGCUCAGAUGGGCAACUACCAGGAGUAUCUCAAACGUAUGACGCCGCAACUACGGGAGAUAGAGUCGCAGCCAGUCAGGCAGCAUAUGUUCGGCAACCCCUUCAAGAUAGACAAACGCAUGAUGGUGGACGAAGCGGACAUGGACCCGCUGGGCGCGGUGCGCGGCGCAGGCGGCGGCGGCGCGGGCGGCAAGCGCGGCGCCGAGAGCCCGCGGGCGCAGCCCCCCAAGCGCAAGGCCGGCCCGCUGCCGCACCACGUGGUGGCGCGCCGGCCCUCCACGCCCACGCCGCCGCCCGCGCCCUCCGCGCCCUCCGCGCCGCCCGCGCCGCCCAUGCCGCGCGUCAUCCCCCCGCCGCUGGUGAUCCCACCGGCGGCCCCAGCCGCGCCGCCGACGCCGCCGGCCGCGCCGUUGUCCCCCGUCACUGUGCGUCGGCCCACCUCGCCGCUCGCGCCCGUGCCUUCCGACGUACCGUCGGGGAGACCGCCGGAGGAGCCUCCGAUCGUGGACACCGGCGGUGCUGUGAGCGGCCCCGUGUCUCCGCCGUCGACGCCGCCGCCUAUAGCGCCGCCCAAUCUGCCGCCUGUUGUCAAACCCUUUCUCAAUGGAGACGCGUACACAACAAUGGGCAGCAAGAUGCCACGGUCGCCGUCUCCUCCAAACGAGGUGGUCCCACCUCCCAUCGUGGUCACGCCAGCGGUGACGUCAGCAGCCGCAGGUGCGGGCGUGGGCGUGGCCAAUGUACCCACGCUGCCCAGUCCCGUGGUCGCUCACGACACGCAGGAGUUGCAGAUCAACGCGAUCCUGCAAGGCAUUGCGGCUGAGAACAAUUCCAACGCGCGGGCCAAAAAAAGGAAAAAGAAGAACGAGAAGCCGGAGCCACCCCCUCCUGUGGUGGUGCCUCCGCAGCCGACACGCAAGGAGCUCGCCGACAUCCGCAAACACAACCUCACCGUGCGCUCCGAGGUGUAUCGAGCCGUGCGUCGUCCGGGGAAAGAUUUCACAAAACUUUUCGAGCAAUUAAAACUGUUAAAAGGUGGUGUGGACAUUAAAAAGGAAGUGGUUCGUGAAAUAAUAAACGAGUCGUUAAGGUUUAAGAGAAAAGCGCUUGCGAAACUGUUGGAGGACUUUUUAGUGGGUCUAGAGAAGAACGGAAGUAGUGCCUCGACGGUCGGUAUGAAGCGGCUCGCUAACUCUGUCUACAGUGCGACGAACAAUCACAGCUAGUGGUCGCCGCGCGUCGCGUGGACGAUGCCCCUCUAACACGAACAUUGUGACAUGUGAACCAGUUCGUCUUAAGCUCAAACACGAUUGGUCAAGGUACAUAUUUUUUCUUCUGUUCCAAAUUGAUUGUGAAGGGACAACUUCGUUCAGUAUGUAGUCAUUACGUACAUUUACAUCCGUGUUAGACAACAGACUCAAAUAUUUGCUUGAUAAAUUAGUUGUAUCAAGAGAAAGAUUUCCGCCUAAAUGUAGGAGAAAGUGUUAAAAUGUUUCUUUGAAAUUAUGCCAAUAAAUAGGGAGACAUACCAUAGUUUGUAAGAAAAAUGCUUUCCUAGUCUGUUCCACAUUCGGCUUAAUCUGUAAAAUUAAUUUGGAGCAUUUAUUUUUUGCACUGUACUACAUUAUUAUUUAUGAUUCUGAAGUCUCGAGGUUUUAUCCUCUGACCAACAAAUUUCCGAGUGUUGAUCAAAAUGGACCAGUUUUUCCUGUCAUUUUGUGUCUUAUAUAUUGAACUUGUGAAUGUAAAGGAAGCAAUAUGAAUUUAUUAUUAGAAGAUUACGAGUGUUGUUACGUGCAAAAUGACGGUAAAAUUGUGUUAAGAUAUGUAAAUAUCGCUGUAAAUAUAGGAUCGUGUUAUUACCAAUGAAAAAUGUACUUGUAGGAUGCUUCGACGCAUCAGUAAUGCGGCCAUCAGUGUGGAUGGAACGACGUACAAUCUGCAACACAAUGGGAAGAUAGCUCUGUGUCUCUAAUACUUGGUAUUUUAUUAAGGUACCUAUUUAAGCUGAUAUUUUUAUUAGGACAUCCGUCAAUUAUAUAUCUUCUAUACACCUUGUAAAGUUUAAAUCACGGGACAAUAAUUCGGUCUUUUAAUUUAAGUAAUAUCCCUAGUGGCAGAUAUCACGACAGUCCGUUAACACUGAUGGAGGCUUGGUCAAUUGUAAAGUGUAUUAUAUCGUUUUAUAAAUAAAUUAUGAUCCUUAUUGGAUUUUA